UUCAUUGUCAGUUGACAAUAUUUUUACUUUUCUGUGGGGACUGUGGCGUCAACUGCCGUCAAGCCAACGUAUUACGUAUACGCCUGUAUAAUUGUCCUGCAGAUUAUAAUUUUAAACAUCCACUAAGUUUGGCAUCUUCGUUUCUUACGCUUUCUUACCCAUGAUAUAUCUACAUACGUUGCAAUAACGAUUACAGGUCUCCUGACGUUGCAACCAACUACAGAAUCUCAAUAUGUCCAAUUCAAGACAGGAGAAAGCAGCAGUGUCCAUGCCGCCCGGAUUAUCGGCCAUCCACACUGUGUGUCAACGAUUAUAUCCCAGUCAAACCAAUCCCAUCCAGAUGACAUCCAAAAUAAAAUACUGGCUGGGGGGCCCCGAUCCCCUGGACUUCAUCACCAUCUAUCUGAAUGCAGGCACCCCCGCGAAAAACACCCCCGAACAUUGGCACUACAUCACGUGUGGCCUGUCCGACUUGUACGGCGACGGGCGGAUUCAUCCCAUCCCGGACACCAUGGGCCUGGACGCCCCCUCGGGACUGGGCAUGGAGAUGACGUUCCGCCUGAAACGCAAAGCGGGACAGCUGGCACCCCCGGCCUGGCCAGGAGAGUUACUGCAGGGAUUGGCGCGGUAUCUGUACGCUUCGGGGAAUAGCUUUGUCGCCGGGGAUCAUAUCGCCUGGAAUAAGUCUCUGGAUAAGGCUGAACCGGACUCCGUUGUGCAGCAUAUCCUGGUGGCUGAGGAUCCGCAGUUGCGGAGUAUCGGUUCGGAGCUGGGGCGGGUGGUGUUCAUGCAGUUAGUCGGGGUGUGCCAGGAGGAGUUGGAAGCAGCACAACACUGGAAUGGGCGCGGUGUGCUGGAGCUGAUGCGAUCCACCGUGUCAGGUCCUCUCUGGGUCACUGAUAUGCAACGGACCUCUUCACCACUGGCCACCGACUCUCGUAUGAUCCAGUCAGUCCGCGACGGCAUCACCAAAGACGGCUCAGACUUGAGCGGUGUUUCGUGCCGGUGCCGCUGGAAAGAAGUCUCCCAUAUACGCCCCACUCGACGUCCGGCCCCGCCGGCUUCUCCACUGCACAUUUCCACCUCCGAGCACGAUACCGUGCAGAUGUCCCAUCUGGCUUCCGCCCACUUGACCUUAGACUUUGAAGCCGGAUCCCUGCUGUUGCUAGCCUUGGGUGGACGACUACUGCACAGUCGGCAUUUCACCUUCCAGAGUGUCCUGACUGACCAUGCUAUCACGUUGGUAUCGGAAGGGGUCAACGGUACACUAGCCCAGGAAGCGACGCCCUUCGUCAGCAUUGGCCCGUGGCUGCAGGUGUUUCUGGAUGGUGAAGCCAUUCGGGAGAUUGCCGAUGAUAUCACCCAGUGCUCGGAUGCCAGCGGCAAGUUCACCGUGGCCCGAGUGUUUGCCUGGCCCAGGAUCAAGCUAAGCCUGACCGUUAGCGAUGAACAAUCGCUCUUCCUUUAAAUUUAUCAUGUUAUACUCGUAAUUUACGUACAGAAUAUUAAGUAAGAAAAGCAACCCCUGAUUAUGUUAAGUAAUUGUUGCUUAUGUUAAGAGUGACGAAGCAGUGCCUUAUGUCUAAUGUCGACAGCAAUUUUACAUCGCUGGAACUUCCGGCUACUGUACGCUGUCGCCGUCUGUCGACCUAAAACAGAACAGUAUUUGUAUAAAAACAAGUAUUUUGCACCGCCCAUGUGAAUUUGUCGGUGAGCGUAAAACGUUUGAUAAGAAUGGAUGAAUGGAUGUUAUGUAAGUGCA